CCUUUUCCUGCCGGAAGUGGCGAUUCGAGGCGCAGCUGCACUUCCGGGCAUGCUGUUGGUUGCAUCAGCCAGUGAGGCAGAUCAUCAGCGCUUGUUAAAGGGCUGAAAGAGGAGGAGGAGGAGGCAAGAGCCGGGAUGGCGGCACCUGCUUCUGACUACAGUUGUAUUCUGAGCAUUAGUGAAGAGGAAGCCAGGUUGAAGGCACUGAAUGAGUACCUCAGCACUCGUAGUUAUAUCCAGGGGUUCACAUUUUCGCAUGCAGAUGUGGAAGCUUUCAGACUGCUUUCGGGCCCACCUGUGGACCAGCAUUUCCAUGUGGUUCGUUGGUACAGGCACAUAGAAGCAAUCUAUAAUGGCAGCAAUGACAAAAAUGACUCCUGUAAACUCCAAACAAGUAAAAGCAAGCGUACUCAGCCUCACUGGUCUCCACCUCAAGGAACAAAACAACCCAAACUCUGCCUAUACAACAGUCUCACUCGCAAUAAGGAUGUGUUUCAGCCCCAGAAUGGCAACAAGGUGACCUGGUAUUGCUGUGGUCCAACAGUGUAUGAUGCCUCUCACAUGGGACAUGCAAGGUCCUACAUCUCAUUUGACAUCCUGAGAAGAGUUUUAAGAGACUAUUUCAAAUAUGAUGUCUUCUACUGUAUAAAUAUUACAGAUAUAGAUGAUAAGAUUAUAAAAAGAGCAAGGCAAAACUAUCUUUUUGAACAGUACAGAGAGAAGAAGCCAUCAGCAGCAAAGUUACUUGAAGAUGUUCAGACUGCCUCUGAACCCUUUUCAGCUAAACUCAGUGAAACCACUGACCCUGAUAAGAAACAGAUGCUGGAAAGGAUUCAGAAUGCAGUGAAGGCUGCAGUGGGACCUCUAGAAAAUGCACUGCAAAAGAAACUCUCUGACAUGAAAGUCAACCAACAUGCUGAGAUAUUGUUACAAGAAGCAAAAGAUAUACUCUCUGAGUGGCUGGACACCAAGUUGGGCAGUCUGGUAACUGACAACUCUAUAUUUUCCAAGCUUCCCAAGUUCUGGGAAGAAGACUAUCAUAAAGAUAUGGCAGCUCUCAAUGUGCUACCUCCAGAUGUCUUAACUCGUGUUAGUGAAUACAUACCAGACAUUGUAGAAUUUGUUGAAAGGAUUGUGGGCAAUGGAUAUGGUUAUGUAUCCAAUGGAUCUGUCUAUUUUGAUACAAUGAAAUUUGAUGCAUCUGAGAAACACUCCUAUGCCAAGUUGGUCCCUGAAGCAGUAGGAGAUCAGAAGGCACUUCAGGAGGGUGAAGGUGACUUGAGCAUCUCAGCAGAUCGGUUAAGUGAGAAGCAUUCUCCAAAUGAUUUUGCUUUGUGGAAGUCCUCCAAACCAGGAGAACCUUCGUGGGAUUCUCCUUGGGGAAAAGGCCGUCCAGGAUGGCACAUUGAGUGUUCUGCAAUGGCUGGAUCCAUUCUAGGAGAAUCAAUGGACAUUCAUGGAGGGGGCUUUGAUCUUCGAUUUCCUCACCAUGACAAUGAGUUAGCACAGUCUGAGGCUUACUUUGAGAAUGAUUGCUGGGUUCGCUAUUUCCUGCACACAGGGCACUUGACAAUUGCUGGCUGUAAGAUGUCCAAAUCUUUGAAAAACUUCAUUACUAUCAAAGAUGCCCUUAAAAAGCAUACAGCUCGGCAACUACGGCUAGCUUUUCUCAUGCAUUCUUGGAAGGAUACACUGGACUAUUCAAACAACACCAUGGAGUCUGCUAUUCAGUAUGAGAAAUUCAUGAAUGAGUUCUUUUUAAAUGUGAAGGACAUUCUUCGGGCUCCUGCUGAUGUGACAGGCCAGUUUGAAAAAUGGGAAAACCAGGAAAUAGAGCUGAAUAAAAGUUUUUAUGACAAGAAGCAAGCAAUCCAUGAAGCACUGUGUGACAACAUUGAUACACGUACAGUCUUGGAAGAAAUACGGUCACUAGUCAGUCACUGUAAUUCCUACAUUGCUGCAAAGAAGUGCACCAGACAGAUGCCAAACAGAAUGCUGAUGGAAAAUAUAAGUGUUUAUCUUACUCAGAUGUUCAAGGUCUUUGGUGCGAUAGAGAGUGACGAAGCCAUUGGUUUCCCAGUUGGAGGGAAUGGCCAAAAUCUAAAUCUGGAGUCUGCAGUAAUGCCAUACCUACAGGUUUUGUCUGAGUUCAGAGAAGGUGUACGGCAGAUCGCCAGAGAGAAAAAAGUAUUUGAAGUUCUGCAGCUUUGUGAUUCUCUUCGUGAUGAUGUCCUUCCUGAGCAUGGAGUUCGGUUUGAAGAUCAUGAAGGACUUCCAACUGUUGUCAAGUUAGUGGACAGAGAGACUUUGCUAAAAGAAAGAGAAGAAAAGAAAAAGAUUGAAGAAGAGAGAAAAAGGAAAAAAGAAGAAGCAGCUAGAAAGAAGCAAGAACAGGAGGCAGCGAAACUGGCAAAGAUGAAAAUCCCCCCAGGAGAAAUGUUUAAAUCAGAGACUGACAAGUAUUCCAAAUUUGAUGAAAAUGGACUUCCAACCCAUGACGCAGAAGCCAAAGAACUCAGCAAAGGUCAAACAAAGAAACUAAAGAAACUAUAUGAAGCUCAAGAAAAAUUGUACAAAGAAUAUCUACAAAUGGCCCAGAAUGGAAUUGCAGACUGAGGACUUUUCUCUCUUUUUAGAAUAAAAACAUCAGCUGGAUAACCUCUAUGGGGGUAAUGAGAUCCCCCUAGGUGAUCACUUUUCACAAUACACACAGUUAAAAUGAAUGGGCUAAAUUAUCUGAUUUAAAGUGUCAAUAAAAUUUUGUUACUUUAAAAAAAAAGUCCAUGUAACAUGUGGCACAAGUUAGAAUAAACAGUUAGCUAGCUGUUUAUAAUGGGUUUCUCAACACUGAGUCCCCAGAUGUUGUUAGACUACAACUUCUGUCACUUUGGCCAUUGUGGCUGGGAAUGAUGGGAGUUGUACUCAAACAUUUGGGGACCCAAAAGUGAGCACUUCUGCUCCAUAGAGAGGCAUUGUGUAGCCAGCAACUCUGGUGGUGUUUUUUGUUUUUUUUAAAAUGUGGAUUCCAUCCUGUGCUUACUAUGAAGCAAGUCCCAUUUCUUAUUUUUCAGUAAGUAUAUAAUUAGGAUUGUUGUCUUUAGCUUUUUCCAAACCUAGAGUAACUUGUCAUGACUAGCAUCACUUUCUUUCACAGAUGUAACAGAGCAAUGAAAUACAACAAACACAAAUAAAGAGAUCUUGUGUUUUCCUGUAGGAGGAACUAUA